UUUUCCAAGUUACCGUAGGGGGCAUUACUUGAGGAAGAGCCCAACCCUAAUACACCAUUGGUGGGGAGCUUCCACUUUCUCUUGCCCUGCAGCCGAAGAGAGAGAGGGGAAAAUGGAGGCGACGGAGAUGGAUGUGGAAGAAGCAGAGGCAAGUCUGAAUACAAACUCGUUGAAGCGAUUUGGACUCAAAAACAGUAUUCAAACCAACUUCGGAGACGACUACGUCUUCCAAAUCGUCCCCAAGGAUGAUUGGACUUUAAUGGCGGUGUCUCUGUCGACCAACGCCGUAAAACUCUACUCACCGAUUACAGGUCAGUACUUUGGAGAGUGUAAAGGCCAUUCUUCGACUAUCAACCAAAUCUCCUUCUCUGGAUCCACAUCCCCUCACCUCCUCCACUCUUCCUCUUCUGAUGCUUCCAUCAGAGCUUGGGACACCAGAUCAUUCCAGCAGGUGUCUUGUCUAAGUGCUGGUCCUUCCCAAGAGAUUUUCAGUUUUUCAUUUGGAGGAUCGGGUGAUAAUCUUCUCGCUGCUGGAAGUAAGUCUCAGAUAUUCUUUUGGGAUUGGAGAAACAAGAAGCAGAUUGCAUGCUUAGAGGAAUCUCAUAUGGAUGAUGUUACUCAGGUUCACUUUGUCCCUGACCAUCAAAACAAGCUUGUAUCAGCUUCUGUAGAUGGCUUAAUGUGUAUCUUUGAUACUGGUGGUAAUAUCAACGAUGAUGAUCAUCUGGAGUCAGUGAUUAAUGUGGGAACUUCAAUUGGAAAAGUGGGGUUUUUUGGACAGGCUAGCCGAAAGCUCUUUUGUUUGACACACAUUGAAACCUUAAGCAUUUGGGAUUGGAAAGAUGCAAGAAUUGAAGUCAACUUUGAGGAUGCUCGUUCCUUGGCUUCUGACUGCUGGACCUUAGAUCAUGUUGAUUAUUUUGUUGAUUGCAACUAUUCAGGUGAAGAUAAUUUAUGGGUAAUUGGUGGGACAAGUGCUGGCACCUUGGGCUACUUCCCUGUGAAUUGUAGAGGAAAAGGAGCAAUUGGGUCUCCAGAAGCUAUUCUCCAUGGUGGUCACACGGGUAUUGUUAGAAGUGUGUUGCCAAUGUCAGGUGUGCCGGGUUGGCCAACCCAUAGCCGAGGCAUCUUUGGAUGGACAGGCGGUGAGGAUGGCCAGUUAUGUUGUUGGUCCUCUGAUGAAACAUCUGAUGUUAAUCGUUCUUGGAUUUCAAGUGAACUAGUCAUGAAGUCACCGAAUUCCUGCAGGAAUAGCAGGCAUCAUCCCUACUAGUAACGUUGAUCGAAUCAUGUUGUAUUUCUGUUUUUAACGAUUUUUUUGGCCAUUUAUUUUUUGCCCCUUUCACAUCUGUACAUUUUUUUUUUCAAAAUCCAAAAGAAAAAAAGAAAAAAAGAAAAAAAGAAAAAGAAAAAAAGGAGCAUUGGCACAGGGUUUGUCUGGUAUCUGUAUUGUAUUACAAGUAAUGAAAAAUAAUAAAAGUUUUGCUGCGGGGACGUUGUAGAUUAA